AUUGUCGAAUAAUUAUCAUUUUUCCUGUAAUUAAAUUACUUUUAUAAUUUUAUAAACUUAUAAUAGUUUUUUGGGAUCAUAUAUCGUGCAUUUGUUACCGAAUUUUAAAGACUAAUUUUUGAUCAAAAUGGAUAAAAAGAAAAGUUCUAAAACUAAAAGGAAUAAAGAAGAAGUUAAAAAUGAAUAUAAUGAAUCUGCCAAAUUCAAUAAGAAAAAAAAAAAAAAGAAUAUCAUUUUGUUAAAUUUACCAUGUAAAACUGAAGGUGAAGAUAAAGAAAUCAAUCAAUGUGAUAGUUUAUUAGAAUCACCAUUAUCUGCUUACAAUCAGAACAUUUAUGAAGAACAAGCUGUUAAUCAAUCUUUUUGUAAAGAUCAGAAAGGUUCUAAAAACAAAAUGUGUGAAAAAUAUUCCUAUAAAUGUACAUCAAAACUGGAUGAUAUACAUAAUUGGCUUAAAAAUGAUUUAGAUAAAAAAGAAGUAUGUAAAUCAUUCCAUGACGACGAUAAAGAAGGAUGUGUUAAUAAUGAAAAACAAAAUCAUAGUAAAAGAGUUCAAAAUCAAAGAAAAAAUUCUGAUAGAGAUUUCAUUGUUGAUAAAUGUAUUCAGAAAAAAGGAAAUGAUAGAAAAAACACAGAUUUGCAUGAUACACAUAAAUCGAUAAAUGAUGGAGAAAGAUCGAGUUUUAAUAACAAAAAAAAAAAUCAAUUUUUUGAUCAUGAAAAUGUUUGUGAAAAACCAAACUGUAGUAAAAGUGAUCAAAAUCAAAGCAAAUUUUCUGACAAAAGUUUUAGUGCUGAUAAAUAUAAUCAGACAAAAUCAUAUAAUAGAAACGACUGUCAUUCUUAUGAGGAUACACCUAAAUCAGUAAAUACUGAUGGAAAAAGGAGUUCUAAAAACAAUAAAAAAAAAAGUAGUUAUCAAGGUACGUACAGCAAAAAGAAUGAUCAAAAGCAGAGAAAGAAUGAAAUAUGUGCUGAUGAUAGUUUAAAACAAAAUGAAGUGCAAGAUAGAAACAUUGAUUUACAUAAGAAACCAUUAAUUAAUCUUAAAGGCUGUAUUAUUAAGGAAAUCGAUGAAGACCUUUUCAAAUUACCAAAAGAUUAUUCUCUUGCUCAUUGUAUUGCUGAAGAUUUACGAAUGGGAGCAGGCAUAGCUGUCGAAUUCAAACGUAUCUUUGGUGGUAUUGGUAAAUUAGCUGAUCAAAACUUAAAAGUAGGAGAUGUUGGUGUAGUUCAACGCCAUAAUCAAUAUGCAUUAUAUUUGGUAACAAAAAAGUAUAGUUAUGGUAAACCUACAAUGAAUACAAUGGAAAAAGCUCUUCGUUCACUUUUUACCAAAAUGAAAAACUUAAAUUUAACGAAACUAGGAAUACCCAAAAUUGGUUGUGGAUUGGAUAAACUUGAUUGGUUUGAUACGAGAGAUCUCAUCAUUGAUAUAUUUUCUGGAUCUGGUAUAGACAUAACUGUAUGUGUACCUUCAAAAUUAUUAGAUUCAAAAACAUUACAAAGAUUAAAAGUUUACAUUACACCAAAUAAUUUAUGGGAUAUGGAAUCCAAAACCACCAUUGUUUUAUUUAUUGAUUUAGAAAAAGUGUGCAAAAAUAAUUGGGAAGACUAUGUAGUUAAUAAAGUGGACACUAAAUAUCCGUUUAAAGAAAAUUUAUUAAAAGACGUUAAAAAUAAGAAGUUAAACCCUGGGGCCAUAACAACAUACAAUGUUAAUAAUGAAGUGAUCAUUUGUAUGUUUUUCACGCAAAACUCAUUGUACAGUUCUUUAGAAGAUGGAUUCAAAUCUAUAGAUCAAACAUUUAAAUAUUAUAAGUAUUUGGCUAUUCAAAGUGGUCCCAUUGAACCUAGCAUUAGCUUAAAACAUAUAUCAUUGAUAGUAUUAAUAUUACGCUCAACUAGUCAUCUUUGUGAAUUAUGGCUAUGUGGUGAUGUUAAUCAAACAAGUGUCAUAAAUUAUGAUGAAUAUUAUAGAAAUUUAAAUACAUCUAUGAAUUAUUCAUUUCAAUUAAGUUCUCCAAUUCAAAAUAACAACAAAUAUAAUGAUAAUCGUCAGAGUUUUAAUGUGAAAAAAACAAGUAAUCAAAAUUGAAUAUGUGAAUCAUCUCAGGAAUAUGCUAAUCAAAAUAGUUUUACUAAACCAGAUAUAUAAUUUUACAUGGGCAUCUAAAUAACAAAACUACUAUGACAUUUAAA